AUGUCGGGAGAGCCACCGGCGGUGGAGCGUGUGUUUGCGACGCUGCCGUACGUGCUUCCCUUCCUGGACGGCUUCCAGUACGGGCUGUACGUCUUCAACAACGUGCCCGGCGGCGUCGGCUUUGCGGAGGCGGUGCUGCCGCUCGUGGUCGCCUUCAACUCGCUGCCCUUCUCCGGCAUCAUCUUCUUCAUCGGGCUCUCCUUCUUCACGCGCCCCGACUCGGGCCUCUCGCGCUUCGUGCGCUUCAACAUCCAGCAGGCCCUCGUCCUCGACAUCCUGCUCAUCAUCCCGUCGCUCUUCUCGGGCGCCGCCGGGAUGGUCCCUUCUUCCGUCGCCAUCCUCGGCUCAAACUUUGUCUUUUACACGAUGGCGCUGGUCGUCACCUACGCGCUCUACUCGAACGCGCGCGGCGAACUGCCCGACCAGGUGCCUGUCAUCUCCGAGGCGGCGGGCUUGCAAAUCGGCCCGUUUUAA